UUUCCGGCUUCAAAGAUGGCGAGUGGAGAGGAAACGGGCAAAAGACCCCCCUGGCUUAUUAGGAAAAUUGAGGGAGUUUUGAUUGAUAUUACUGGUGUCCUUUACAACAGUAGCGAAGAAGGCGGGGAGGUUAUUCCUGGGUCUGUUCAAGCCAUCGAAAGGCUCAAAGCAGCAGGUUACAAGGUACAGUUUUGCACAAAUGAAGAUACUUGUACAAGGGAACAGCUUGUCUCAAAGCUUGCUCAAUUUGGAUUCAAACUGUCACCCAAUGAACUUCUUGCACCACCUCCUGUGGCAAGAAAGAUUCUUCAGGAACGUAAUCUACGUCCUUUGCUUCUGUUGCACCCUGGAGGACUUGCGGAGUUUGAAGGAGUGGAUUGUCACAAUCCAAACUGUGUUAUUAUUGGAGGAGCUGAAGAACAGUUUACUUAUGAACAUAUGAAUGAGGCUUUUAGACUUCUCUUAAAUUCUGAAAGUCCUGUUCUUUUGGCGAUGGGAUAUGGCCGCUAUUACAGACGUGGUUCAAAUUUAGUGCUAGAUGCAGGUCCGUACACAAAGGCCUUAGAAUUUGCCUGUGAUGUAAAAGCUGAGAUUGUUGGGAAACCUUCUCCAGCAUUUUUCCUUGCUGCAUUGGAAACCAUUCAUGUGUUACCUGAAGAUGCAGUUAUGAUUGGAGAUGACAUAGUGUCAGAUGUGGGUGGGGCUCAAGCCUGUGGAAUUCGAGGAGUGCAAGUCAGAACUGGAAAGUUCAGGCCUGCAGAUGAGCAUCACCCUACUGUCAAACCAGAUGGAUAUGUGGAUAACCUCGCACAAGCUGUGGACAUGAUCCUCAAAUACAAUUAAACAGUUGUACACCAGGUUAACAGUGGAAAAGUAACGAGCAGUUACAUGGGUUCCAGCAAAAGUCAGUUGCAGUGUACUGACAGAGAUAUCGUGCUUUGUUACACGUCACAGUUCUAAACUGCAAUCAGUAGGAGACCACAUUCAAUACCGUGGCUAUGUUUAUCAAGCUACAAAGAACAAUGCAAUCUGCACGAUAAAAAGUAACAGACAAUCUGCAUGGUGAUGUGAAACUAAAGCUUCCUUGUCUGUAAUGAUACUUUGGCUUCCGUACAAUGAAAGACUUGUUUCAGUGAAGGAAUCAUAACAGAGGGCGAUGAAAUCAUACAAAAAAAUUUUCCAUGCUAAAAGAUAAGUGAAAAAUAAUCUUGAACAAACAAAGAGAGUAUUAUCUUUUAUACAACAGAAAGUGGAGUUCAAAUGGCACAUUACAAAAACAAAUGAAUAUUACUGUUUAGUUCUGAGCCAUUUUGACCAAAAGGAGCGCAAUAAGUAAUAUCUACUCUGCUCAUGUUAUUCAGAUAUCUACGAUUGUUUAUUUUUAAUAAAACAUAACACUUCCAUACAAAACGUUUCUAAACAGUCAGACACUGAACGUGUUUUUUGCACAAUAUUGACCAAAGUUAUCAAGUUACCACGAAUCCUAAUUACCAAGUGCUUUGCAAAAAAUUUAAACCACUAAGUUAAACUUUUUACACAACUACCUAAAUUGGAAAAGUUCUCUGCACAAGACUUUGAUGAAAUUCAGUUUGUCGAAGUCUUGUGCAACUUGAUCUUGCCAUUAUAAAAGCACAUAGUGGACCCCAGCCAACACUGACAACACUGUUGUAUUUGAAUGACUUGUUCUCAUAAUUAACUUCAUCCACAUGAUUGCUAAUCAAAUUAAAUGUACUUUGUUUAAUUAGUUAACUGCUUACUCUCCUCCAAUGGCCACCACCAACCGGGUGUCUUGAAAACAGACUCCCUGAGACCCCAAAA